AUGUCGAACGUCCUGGUUACCGGAAGCUCUCGCGGGCUUGGCCUCGAGCUAGUCAAGCAAAUAGCGGCUCACCCGGAUCUGAAAGGAGGAGUAGUCGUAGCAAGUGCCCGGAAGUGCAGCCCGCAGCUGCAGGAGGUCAUCUCUUCAAGUGGCGGGGCUGUUGCUUUUGUCGCGCUCGAUAUCGUGGACGAGGGGUCUAUCGCAAAGUCGGCAGAGGAAGUCAAAUCGGCGCUCGGAGGAGGUAGUCUGGACUUUCUGAUCAACUGUGCAGGUGUACACUCUGAGACGCAUGGCAAAGUUACUCUUAUAUGUUGCAUAUGCCCCGUGCCCGGCAUACAAGAUCAGCAAAGCCGCCUUGAAUGCGUUGACAGUGCAAUAUGCUCUCUCUGGUUGAAAAGUGAUAUGGGCGGACAGGACGCCGAUCUCACCGUGCCUCAGGGCGCAGAGGCGGUGCUCAGGACGGUCAUUGCAGCUAAUGGCCAGAACAAUGGUAGUUUCAAGAAUAUUUAUGUGCCUGGAUGGGACAAGUAUGAUGGCCAAAAUAUGCCGGUGCAGUUUGCCGACGCCUGCGUAGUCGACGAACAUCUAGGAAGAGAUCUUAUCAAAGGUCUGCUAUCAUUCUUUGCCUAUCACCUAAGGACACCCCGUUCAAGCCCUGGCCCAGCAGUGAGAGAGACUACUCUCCCCAGACAGCGCGGUGUUCAUAGCUCGACCCCAACUGCUUCCUCGAUCACAACCGACGAGGAAUCGAAUUAUCAUGCAAUCCACGCGAAGGGCGUUAUUCAGAUAGACCUCCAGAAUCAUCAGGCUAUCAGCAUCGAGCAGCAAGCGUUGCUCAAGUCGGCGCUGCAGCUGACGAGCAGCAUUGCCGGUAGCCAGGCAGUCUCAGCCAUAGAAGAAGAGUCUAGUGAGCCAGACUCUUCUUCCCCGGUUCCGGAAACCCCUCCGCGUGAGCUUCUGUUUAUGCUUCUACCAGGCGCGCCAGAAUCUGUGAAAAUCCAGUGGCCGCAUCCCUUGUCUGAUAACGCAUAUGCGAGGAUGGCCGCAACUUUGUUACGAGACCGUUCUGAGCUUGAGGCUACUAAGUUCCACCAAUAUUGCGUCUGCAUCUAUGUGAGAGCAAUUUUACAUCUGUAUCAAGUCUCACGAUCACUGGACGAUGCGUUCCUAAGAAGUGAGUUAUCGAAGUCCAGAUUAACUUAUGUAGUCGCAGCCAUGCGCAGCACCGAGCAAUUCAACAUUUUGAAGCCACCCGAUCUGUUAACCAUUCAGUCUUUGCUCUCGAGUGCAUUGCUCAUGCAGCACAUGGGGAGACCCUACCAGUGUUGGCUCUUUGUCUCUUAUGCCGCGCGACAAAUCACCGCGCUCAACUAUCACAAGAUCCGCAGACUGCCAGCGACCUCAGAAAAGGAGCAAGACAUUCAAGACGUUGUCUACUGGUGUUAUUACCUCGAUCAAACAUUGAGUUCACUUCUCUGCCGGCCCCCUUCGCUCCCUGAUCUUGCGGUGUCCCCGACCGAUCUUGUUGUCUCAGCGCCAUCAUCUCCAUACGAUAGCAUGAUGCGAAUUGUACUCGACCUGGCUCAGGUUCAGGGUCAGCUACGGACUAUCUCUUGUGGUAGCAGGAAUGAACGCAACGAGCUAGCUCUAGAGAUAUGCCUUAGCCUCGAGGCCAGAAUGCAGGCCAUGUUGCCGCGUUUGCAAGCGGUAUACAGUAUCUUUCCCUUGCAGAACCGCGACUCACAGCCCAAAGCCGUCCAAUAUGACUGGGUCGCCGCGGACUUUACCUACUACGCGAUCUUCGUCGAGCUUCACCGCACCCGUCUGAAAAGCGCUUUCAGCGCGACGGUCCAUCGUGAAUGCCUUGGUUUCGCUCGCAAGGCGCUGCGAGCAUUCCACUUCCUCCAGCAGCACCCAUCUGAGCUGCCGGGAUUUGAUGAUCCAUAUCCGUCGUUUUUGACCUGCGCCUUCUUCGUCGUCUUUUGCCACAUCAUUGGGACAAUCGACCGGGAUGACUUUGACCUCAUGGGCCAGAUCAUCCAGCACUUGGCGCCAUUCAAGCGGGAUCGCCAUUUAGGCAAGCUUGUCAAUUUGCUCCAGUCCCUGCAGCGUCUUUGCGAGCCCUUAUUCCAGACACCCAGUGAUGGUGGUGGGGGCGCUGCAGCCGCGCCAGGGUACGGCGAUGCCCCAGCUGUCGCGGCGGACGUUGGCCCUAUUGACGCUGACAACCGGGCUUUGAUCGACACUCCCUUGCCACCAGUAUUUCCCAGAGACGGUGAUGAUAUGUGGCCUAUGCCUGCCACUGGCACGGACCCCUCUGCUGACUGGCUGAUGUGGGAGCUCUUCAACAGUCAGGUUUCGGCGGGGUGGUUGAGUCAGGAUAAUGAUCCUUUCGAUGUUGGUUUCAUGGGAUGA